UGUGUUAUUAGUGAGCUGAUGGGAGUGAGCUGUAUUGGGAGUGUGCUGUAGUGAACCCGGUUCGGUUCGGGCUGAGGCGGAUCUGUGGUACCGGUACCGGUGCGGUGAGGAUGAGCGAGUAACCCAACAAAACAAGCCUCAGCUGCAGGAACAGAACACAGACACGAAGAUAUACAGGCAGAGCCCAGCCAUGACUGAGAUCGAGACUGAGAUUGAUAAAUCCCACCUGCCACGGGUCUAUGAUGUGUGUCAGUGUUUCUCAGUGCUGGAGGAUGGAGCGCUCGCUCAGAGCCUUCAGGAGCAGGAGAUCGAGCAGUUCUACAGCUCUAACGUGCAGAAGAACCAGGCGGUGCAGAGUGAUGUUCGUCUAGCCCGACGGCUGCAGGAGGAGGAGGAGCAGAGGGUUCAUCAAAGCCACCAGAUUCAGCAAAUGGAGGAACAGGACUGUGAGUACGCAAAGAUGAUUCAGGAGGAGCUCAGAAGACGCGACGAAGAAGCUCGGAGGAGAGAAGAAGAGGAUGAGGAACUGGCCAAGCGUCUGCAGGAGGAGGAGGAGCUGGAGAUGAAGCAGCAGAGAGCUGAGGCCGGUCAGCCUGCGGACACCACACACUCCCCACUCAGUGAAGAGCUGUGGGCGCAGUUGGUGCGGGAUGCUGAGCUGGCCCGUACUCUACAGGAGGAAGAUGGGCAGCCUGACAGGAAGAGCCGGGGAUCAGACGUGGAUUUCCGUGCUGCUCAAGUGGCGCAGGAUGAGGAGAUUGCCCGCUACAUGCAGCGACAGGAGCGAAAGAACAGCAGGAGCAGGAGGUCACAGGACCUAGAGGUCCAGGAGAGGUCACUUGAGGUCAUUCGGAAAGACGCUGACAACACGACCAGCAGAAAAUUACACUGUGUGCAGAUGGAGCCUCUGCAAAUGCCGAGGGAGAGGCUGAACUCUGAGGGUCUUCACUCACCUGUGGAAGAGGAACACACACUCGAGCAGCAUCACCUAAGCCCUACCUGCAAUACUCUGCGAACACAGCCAGUCCGUAACAUCGCAGAGGAGCUGGACCCAACUUUCACCACCAGAAAGAGAGACAGCCAGAUAUCCACCAGCCCACCACCAGGAAUAUGCCUGGCACCACGGACCCCUCACAGUAUUUUCUAUGAUUACCUGCCUGAACCCACAUUCGUCCCGCCCACCAGACGCCAUGUUGACAAAUUGGUGCGGCCCAAAGCCAAAGAGAAACGAGAGAACUGCAAGCAACAGUAACUGGAAUAUUUAGAAGGUGGAUUUAUGCUUCUGCGUCAGAACAACAACAACGAAGAGUCUACGACAUAGCCUGCGCAAGUGGUUUACGCCAUUUUUUAAUGCGCCACGAUACUGGUGCAUUGGUGUGUCUAAACACUAGUUGAGAAUGAAGACUCUGUGCCACUGCGUUUUAAUCUUUUUUUUGGUGUACAUCAGUUUCUGCAAUGAAAAAUCUGAGAAAACCGUGAAUGAUAUGGUCUGUGUAGCCACUGAACCAGUUCAGUUCAUUCAACUGGAUUUAAAGGUGUAUUCACACUAGGCAAUCCAUGCGUUUCCGGGCUUAGUUACCUUCCAAAGCAUGUGCACAUGCACAGUACACUGAACAGUGCCCUGGCCUGCUUGAAGAGUGAUACAGUGUGAGCACUAGAAGUGCAUAUGCGCUCCUGAGAGAGGGUGCUUUUCAUGGCGGGGGUGCUGAAUUUGGCUCAACACGGGCAAUCCCACUGAGCAGUGAGUAAUGAUGUAAGCAUGCUCAGGCACGGAUUGUUUGAACUCAGUGUGAGUGCAGCCCAGCAGGGGAGUGGGGAGGGAUGCAGAACCAUGCUCCAGCACAAUUCAAACAAACCGUGCUUUGUGUGAGUACACCAAACAAAUACGAUGCCACCAAGUUACUGGUGAAUCCCAUUGAAUUUACCUUGGAAGUCGGGAAUAACUUUACACCCGAAUUGCCUGCGUUCCAAUUAAACUUCAGAUAGUUGUGUACUACUUCAAAUAACAAUUACCUAAAGACAUUGGAUUUUACCAUAGUUAAUUUAACAGCCAUUUCUGUAGAGAUGUGCAUCAGGCUACUAUGUACGGUACAUGGUUACACAGUAUUUACACUGUACUUAUGGUGCAGAUUUGACGCAAAAGCAUAAAUUGUCUAAACCUGCUUCAGUUUUUCCUGAAGUUCCUCAAGUCCUUUUAUUUUGAGCUUGAUUGUGAGCUCAGAGUGCCAUAUAAACACUAAAGCACAGGUGCUUAAAAGAGUGUAAUUCAGUAUUUAGUUCAGAAAUAUGAACUCUUUAAUUCAGAGUGAAACCAUCUGGAACUAGAGAAGCUGAUGAAGGACUGGUUGCUGUGUUAUCCUGAGGGAAACACUGCAUUGCUAUUAGCCUAUAACUAUGCCUGCAUUUGUUUGCAUUCUCGUAUGGAGCUAGAUGUACUGACAGCUUUUUUAUCAUAGUGCCUCAGUGUGAAAUUGUACAGUAUGAUCGAGAGUCUUGUUAAGAAGCAUUAUAAUGUUUUUUAAUCUGCUUACUCACACUUUAUUACAUACUCUAAGACUCGCACAUUUCUAAGUUUCUAGACUACACUCAUUGACAAACAAAGCACACGGAAUUUAUCUUCAUAUCUGUAAAUGUAAUGAUGAUGAAGAUGAUACAAUGAUGUAAAUGAAAGUAACGUAAAUGUAAAUGAGUAAAAGCAAAGUUCAAUCAGGGGAAGGUGGAAACUAUGUGUGGGUGAGCAUUAUCCUGCUGAAAAAUGCCAUGCGGCAAAACAUUUGGCUGCAGUGUCCCUCAUAUUACUACUAGGGGUGACCGACUGUCAUAUGCUGUGGCUCCCCAGAUCAUCACUCCAGCAGUUUGGAUAUACUGGAAGCCAACUUUACAAUUACAUUUAUGUAGCAUCUUUUUUUUUUGCCUUUCAAGGAGGCCUACAAUUGCAUUCUACUCGCGCUCAACAUACUGGUAAAAAGCGGCAGCCAGUCGCUCACAGCAUACUCUCAACUGGAAACAACCGUCCACCUGGAGGACUGCAUCGGGCACUGAGGAUUUGGCCCAGCACAUGGUAUCAAUCCCUAUCUGGGCAUUUUUUUUAGAGUAUCCAAUUGUUCUGGGCAAUUUAACAUUUCCAGUUAACUUGAUCUCCAUGUUUUUGGACCCCAACACAAGGAGAGAACCACCAUGCUACCAUCUUCAGAUCCCAAAAAAGCUUGGAUUCAUUGCUAAAUACGAAAUGGGUCCAAUCCGGGUUCUCGUUUAUGAUGUUAGCUGCAUUUUUAAGAUGUUAUAUACAGUAUUUCAUUCCAGCCUUUAACAAAUGAUGUAUAUAUA